AUGCAGCGCUGGCCCAUCGGCCUGCUGCUCGACGCCGUCGCCACGCUCGCCGGCACGGGUGGCAAGCAGCUGCUGCGGCACGCAGCGCUCACGGGCAAGCACCGCUACUACGCUCUCGGCCUCAUCCUCACGGCGGUCAUCGACCCAAUCUUUGACGUGGCGGCGUACACGUACGCCGCGCAGUCCAUCAUCGCCGCCGCCGCCGGCCUCGUCGUGGUGUGGAACGUGCUGCUGGCGCCGUACACGCUCGGCGAGGCGCUCACGCGCGAGCGCAAGCUCGGCUCGGCCCUGAUCUUUUCCGGCACACUGCUCGUCGGCGUCAGCGGCAGCCACGCGGAGGUGGAGCGGACUCCGGCGCAGUACCUCUCGCUCUUUGCGCGGCCCGAGGCCUGCGCCUACUACGCCUCCUUCGCGGCCUGGAUUGCCGUCUGCGCCGCGCGCCUCUGCCGCGUCGGGGCUGGCAAGGUCGAGCGCGGCUUCCUCGUCGCCGCCGCCGCCGGCUCGCUUGGCGGCAACACCUUCACCACCAAGGCCGCCUCCGAGCUCCUCGCCAGCGGCGCGGCAGACCCGGAGUGCGACGGCUGCCCGUUCCGCUCGCCCGCGUUUUACCUCCUCGCCGGCUGCACGGCGGCGACCGCCUCGACCGCGCUGCUGCUGCUCGGCCUGGUGCGCGCUCUAGACUUCCACACGGUGCUGCGCGAGCACGACGCCCUCUUUGCGAUCACCGUCUACUCGGGCUUCUACAUCCUCUCUGGCGCCCUCCGCGGGAAGGCACGGACGCGCCGCGCCCUCAGCGGCAACUUCGUGAUGGACGAGAAGCGCGGCCGCCCGGCCGCCUCGCUCGCCGCCUACUGCGCCUCGGACAUGAGAGCUCGAGAGUGGCGAGAGUGGCGAGAGGUCGAUUAUGGAAAUGUUUCCGUGCUCCCCGCCAAAAAAUCCUACGGCUCUAGGGUCUCUAGGACGUAG